ACGUUGCUUGCUUCAGCAUAUAGUCACCAGUCCCCCGCAGAAUGCGCCUUCCACAUGAGAGAGUACAUCAUGUCGUACACGCAAGUGACAUCGAUGCUACUGGUGAAUCAGAUAAGCUGCGUCUAUGUAUCCCUUGCGUUCGCGUCGGGCUUUCGCACCUCGGCUCCGAACUAGGCCCCUUAUGACGUUGCGCUUCUGUGCGAGGAUCGUCUGGAUUGCGGCACGGGUAAUGCCUCGAGCAGCUGGAAAAGAAAAUGCCGACACUAGCUCAAAUUGGGAUUUGGUAGUUGCUGGAUCAGUAUCGGGAGUGACAACACGAUUCGUAAUAGCACCUCUGGAUGUCGUCAAAAUUCGACUACAACUACAGUCACACGCACGCUCGGAUACCACAUUACCUGUAUAUCGAGGCCUCGUCCAGACAACGGCAACCAUACUCCGUGAAGAAGGCAUCACCGGCCUCUGGAAAGGCAACAUCCCUGCCGAACUACUUUACCUGACCUACGGUGCCGCGCAAUUUUACACUUACCGAACGAUACAUCUCUCGCUAACUGGCCUUGGAAUAAAUCGUUCGGCACAAGACUUCGUGGCUGGCGGCGCGGCAGGAGCGGUCGCGGCAUUCGUGACAUAUCCGUUUGAUCUUCUACGAACGCGGUUUGCUGCUCAAGGCAGUGGAGACUUGCGCAUUUAUACCUCCCUUGCCAAUGCCGUACGAACUAUCUACGCGAAGGAAGGCGUACCCGGCUUCUUCAGGGGUGUAACAGCCGGCGUGGGGCAAGUUAUCCCAUACAUGGGCUUGUUCUUCGCGACAUAUGAGCCAACACGUGCUUUCCUGACACGACACAACGAGGCCGGUGCUCUCUCGUUUUCCGGAUACGAGUCAGCCGUGGCAGGCGGUUUCGCGAGCACCGUUGCGAAGACAGGCGUCUUCCCGCUCGACCUGAUCCGGAAGCGCCUACAGGUGCAGGGCCCAACGCGGGAGAAGUACUUGCAGAAAGACAUCGCUGUGUAUGAGGGGAUGCGAACGAUUGUGCAGCGGGAGGGAAUACGAGGGCUGUAUAGAGGGCUCGGUGUGAGUUUGAUCAAGGCUGCGCCGAACAGCGCGAUCACGAUGUGGUCCUAUGAGGUUGUGCUGCGGGCGCUGAAGUCGGCACGUGGAGACAAGAGGUAGCUUUUCACGAUUUCUGCUCUGAUUCUGUACAAUACGAUACCUAAUACUUUAC